GCUAGCUUGACCUGCCUGAAUCAUCUGCAAGUACUGGAUCUGUGUGACAAUAAACUGGAAAUUCUGCCACCGGAGAUCGGACUAUUGACAAAGCUAAGGGAGCUAUAUCUAUCCAACAACAAGCUUUGGAAGCUGCCCGACAACAUCCAAAAGAUGGCGCGCCUUGAAGUUCUUGAUAUCCGCAACAAUCAGCUC